AGCCUUCCAAUAAAUGACCCGUUUCGCCCUCUUUUUUUUCUCCCCUUCGUUUGGAGUUGCACCGCGUCCUCUCUUCCCUUUCCACAGAGGGCGAGCGAGAGAGAGAGAGAGAGAGAGAGAGAGAGAGAGAGAGAAGACGCAACGACCCCAAAUCUCGCUGUUCACCUCCAGAUCUCGCAACCAUGGCUGUCCGGCACACCAUCUACCACUCCGGUUACCUCGCUCAGAACUUCGCCGCCGCCGCCGGAAUCCGCUGCCGCUUCCUCCACCAGUCCGCAGGCAGGCCUCUCGGCGCCCUCUUCGCUGGCCACUUCUCCGAUCGCGACUCCCACUACCGCCCCCAAUCGAGGACCCGGAGUUGCUCCCAGGCGCCCUCGGAUGCCGCCUCAUCCUCCUCCCCUUCCUCGGAUCCCGCGGCCAAGGACCGGAAGGCUUGUCUCGUCGUGGGGUUGCUGUCCGCCAUCUCCCCUGGCUCCGGCUCGCUGGGUGGCGUCGGCGCACUCGGCGUCGCAUCCUCGAUGUCGAUGGGGUUCAAGCCCUCGUCUUUGAUCCCAUUCUUCCAGGCGACCAAGUGGUUUCCUUGUUGUGACUUCCUCCCAGGAUCGGGAGGAGGUAGCCCGAUGGAUCAAGGAGCGAGGACUACUUCACGCCCUACUGGAGAUGAGACCAAAGGAGGAACUGUUCCUUCUGUGCAUGCUAGUGAACACACAGAAAGCUCUAUCUCUUCUCCCACUGUGCCUAUGAUGAAACGCUUCGAGAGCAAUUGUUGCAGCAGGAGCUCGGGCGACAGAAAUUGUUGGUUUUCACGGUGGAUGAGUUCCUGUUCGGAGGAAACCAAGACGUUUUUAACUGCUUUGACAGUUCCCCUGCUGUAUGGGUCACGCUUGGCCGAGCCUAGAUCGAUCCCCACAAGAUCGAUGUAUCCAACAUUUGAUGUCGGAGAUCGAAUUCUAGCUGAGAAAGUUUCCUAUUGCUUUCGGGAGCCUGAGAUUACUGACAUUGUUAUAUUCACAGCACCACUGAUUCUACAGCAAUUUGGAUAUAGUUCAGGUGAUGUCUUUAUCAAAAGAGUUGUGGCUAAGGCUGGGGACUAUGUUGAAGUACGUGAUGGUAAAUUAUUGGUGAAUGGUAUCAUCCAAGAUGAGGAAUUCAUUCUAGAACCACUUGAGUAUGAAAUGGAACCAGUGUUUAUCCCCGAAGGCUAUGUCUUUGUAUUGGGUGAUAAUCGCAACAACAGCUUUGAUUCUCACAACUGGGGGCCACUUCCUGUGAAAAACAUUCUUGGAAGGACAGUUCUGCGUUACUGGCCCCCUUCAAAAAUCUCAGACACCAUCCAUGAACCAAAUGCAACGCAAAGUGUGCUUGGAUUUUCUUGAUAUAUUCUCUGCUUCUCAACAAAUUCCAUUUAAUAGAUGAGGAUCAAUCUGGUGGUUUUCUCAGAUGUUCAUAUGGUAAAUGCCUGGGAAUAAUGAGAACAAAGGCUUAAAAAAGAAAAAUCAUCAUUAUCCAGCCAGCAUUGGUUUUUUCCUUUUCUUUUUUGUGCAACCUAUCAUUUUUCUUGAGAUGAUUUACUCUGAGAAAGAGAACCAAAGCAUGUGACAAAGGAGGUGUCAGAAAAAAAGCUGCAUAUUUGAUGUAAUGAUAAUCAUGUGAAAAAGGAAGGUUUUUUUCAGACCUAGUGAGGGAUGUUAACAAUACUACCUAAGAAGGGAGUUUUCUGUUUCCUGUUGAGUAGUUUCAACUUUCAAGCAGAAUUUAUUUAGGUCGUAAGUGACCACUUCAGGUUGGAGGAAAGGUGGAUACUCAAAAUCACUAUAGAAGCUGAGCUGCAUUAUUUCAUAUCUUGUCCAACCUGAUCUAUAAUGAAAUGUACUCUGGUGGCCUCAUGAAGUUGUUGCUUGGUAUCUAGUGAAAUGCUUCUCACUUGUGCAAGUUUACAAGCAGCUAAAAAUCUGAGUGGUUAUGGUCAUACAUUUAGGGGUUCCUUUUCCCUGAAAGUUUCAACUACUGCAUUCACUUGAGAUGUCUCUUGAAUGAUGUUUUCACCAUUGAUGGGAUGGUUGCAUUUAUUUCCUGUAUGUGCCAGUUUGGUUGAAUCUGUUGUGUAGUUGAUAUUGAUGUACUAAACAGCAUCACUUAAGAUUGUAAUUCCAGAUCAUUCGAGAACUGUCUUGUUACAGUUUUACACA